AAAUAGCAUAUGUGAAUGUAUUAUGAGAAACAGUUUAGCUGCAACCUACAACGUAGAAUCAUAUACAGUUUUAUUAAAAGUAGAUUAUUUCUACUGUUGAUCAUAAUGGCUGAAAUUCCGACAGUCAUGUUCUCCAAUGGAUAUAAAAUGCCGAUGUUGGGUCUUGGAACUUAUAAAUCCCAAAAUAGAGAGGCAGCAAGAGCUAUUAAAGAAGCAAUAGAUCUUGGAUAUCGACAUAUUGAUACGGCUGCUUUUUAUGCCAAUGAACAAGAGAUCGGGGAAGCUAUUCGUGAAAAAAUCGACGAUGGUACUGUAACCAGAGAAGAGCUAUUUAUUACUACAAAGCUGUGGAAUACAUAUCACAAAGAAGAGCUUGUUGUUCCGGAAUGCAAAAAAUCAUUGGCCAAACUUGGUUUAGAUUAUAUAGAUCUCUAUUUAGUUCAUUGGCCAUUUGCUUUCAAGGAAGGAGAUGAUUUACUACCUACUGAUAAAAAUGGAAAAUUUAUUGAAUCAGAUGUCGAUUAUUUGGAAACAUGGAGAGGAAUGGAAGAAUGCGUUCGCCAAGGAUUAACUCGCAGCAUUGGGAUCAGUAAUUUUAAUUCUGAACAGAUAACCCGUCUACUUGAAUCAGCUAUAAUUCCGCCGGUUAAUAAUCAGAUUGAAAUUAAUAUAAACGUAAAUCAAGAGAAAUUAGUAGAGUUUUGCAAGAAACACAAUAUUACGGUAACUGGUUAUUCUCCUUUGGGACAACCCGGAAAUUCAUCAGGUAUUGGAAACAAAUUAGAUAGUCCUGUGGUGGUGAACAUUGCAAAAAAAUACAAUAAGACUCCGGCACAAGUAGCGCUUCGAUAUGUGUUUCAACACGGAGUUGCACCGAUACCGAAAUCUGUAACUAAAAGUCGAAUUAAAGAUAAUAUGGUUUUUGAUUUUACACUGACAUCCGACGAAAUGAAUGCUAUCCGAAAACUCGGCACUGGAGACAGAGUAGCAGGCUUUGCUAUAGUUAAGCAUUUCAAGUAUUAUCCUUUCAACAUUCCAUUUUAAACCAAUAU